GUUCCGCCUAUUUAAUUAUUAACAAAAAAUUGAAAAAUAUUGAAAAUAAUAAUAAUUUGAAGCCAUCGUGUCCACUCUGAGGAGGAAUGGAGAGUAUUUUAGAGGAUCAGAGGAAGCUACACGAAGAGAGGGAGAGACUAGAAGAUGCUUUAGUCAAAGAAAAGAUGCUCAAAAAGACCACAGUCCGCGAGAAGAUAAACAGCGAACAUCGUAUGAGAUAUUUAAUUGAUAGAACAGUUGAGACAUCCUCUCAGCUGAUGAGUAUGUACACCGAUCAAGACGGCUCAAGACAGGAGGAGAUUGACGCCAUGAGUGGAGUCGACCAGUUUAGAGAAUUCUAUCGUCGACUUAAACGAGUUAAUGAAUAUUACUCUGAGCAAGGUGAUGAUUUUCAAGACGAUCCUAUAAUGGUUGAAUUUAAUAAAAUGGACAAAGACAGACAAAACCCUCCGGAAGAAAUGCAAAAUCUUGUUGAAUUCACUGAUGAAGAAGGAUAUGGCAAGUUUUUAGACUUGCACUCAGUUUAUAGUCAAUAUUUAAACAUCAAAAGGAUGGAGAGAAAAGAUUAUUUGUCAUAUUUGCAAACGUUUGAUCAACUUUAUGAUAUAAAUAAAGAGGACAAAGGAAGCGAAUAUAAAAAAUAUUUAGAAUCUCUUGUUGAUUAUUUGCUUGGCUAUAUUGAGCGUGUACAACCAUUAGUUGAUCAAACUGAAUUAUUAAUCAAAAUCAAGAAAGACUUUGAAGAGAAGUGGAGCCAAGGGACAUUUCCUGGCUGGAAAAAAGAUUCAGGCACUAGUGCUUUAGCUAAACAUUCAGGAGCAUCUCUUGAUCUGACUGCAUUCAACUCGCACGAGGAGCUAAUGUCACUGGGUCUGGAUCGUCUCAAGUCAGCACUAAUGGCCCAAGGGCUCAAAUGUGGCGGUACACUAGAGGAGAGAGCUAAAAGAUUGUUUAGUGUUAAAGGAUUAAGUUACACUGAGAUUGAUCCGUCUCUGUUCGCUAAAUCGAAGAAAAGUCAAACUGGAGAGCUCACAGAGAAACAAAAGGAAAUAGCAUUCAUAGAAGCACAGGUGUACAGCUAUGUUGAGAUGCUUAGUGAGCAAAGAGGAUCAACGAAAGAGAAUGUAGAGAGAAGGUUAGCAAGAACAGCAGAAGAACUAGAAGAGGAAGAGGAGGAGGAGGAAGAGGAGGAGGUAGAGAGUGAGGAAGAAGAUGAAAACGGUGUCCCGUACAACCCAAAGAACCUUCCACUGGGUUUUGAUGGUAAGCCGAUCCCCUACUGGCUCUAUAAGCUACACGGACUCAACAUAACCUACGAAUGUGAAAUAUGUGGAGGAGCACAAUACAAGGGACCCAAAUCAUUUCAAAGGCACUUCUCUGAAUGGAGACAUGCUUUUGGAAUGAGGUGCCUUGGGAUACCAAACACAGCUCAUUUUGCUAAUGUAACUAAUAUCGCUGAUGCUAGAGCAUUGUGGGAUAAACUCAAAGGUCUUAAAGCCAUCGAGCAAUGGAAGUCUACAACAGAAGAAGAAUUUGAGGAUUCUAAAGGCAAUGUAGUCAGUCGUAAGAUGUACGAUGAUCUAAGAAGACAAGGUCUAUUGUAACAAGCCACACCCAGUUCUCCUCCCCUCUAACUAUUAAUAACUUAUGAAUAACUAUAAUGUUAAUAAUAAUGAUCAGUACAUGGUACAUGGUUCAUUUGUAAAAGUCAUGCUCUUGGUCAUCUUUUUUGAUGGUUUUCUUGUA